CGUCUUGAUAAGCAAACUCAACCCGCAAAAAGUUGAUCCAUCGACACAGGAUGGCAAUCGGGUCGGAUUGGGCAUAAGAGACCCAACCCAUGUUGACAAUCUUGGAUGGAUUUUGGGUUUUUAAAAUAUUAAAUGUGAAAUGAGUGGGGUCGGAUUGGUUUAAUAACCCAAUUUUCAUAAAUUAUUGUUUAGAGUCUCUAAAUUCAACCAAUGAUUGGAACUUAGUAGCACAUUCUACAAACAAAACUCAAUAGUUCAGCUGAUGGAAUUACAUGUCCUUAAUUACUAUGAUUUUUGUUGCACGCUUGCUACAUUUUAAAAGGCCUAUGCUAGGUUGCCCUGAAAAAGCAAAAUAAAGUAGGCUAUGAUUGAGUGUAAAAUUCAAAAGGCCCAAAUAGAGGGCCUCUAUUUUUUAUUUUUAUUUUUUUUCUUGGUAGUAGAAUAAUGUUUAUUUCAUUCACAGCAUAUUGGAAUAUUGGUCAAUGUUUAUAGAAUUUUUUUUUCUUCUUUUGUUUGGUAAAUUGGAAAUUGAUGAUUGAUUGCAAUUGCUUUGUCAAUUCAUUGGCCUCGUAAUACUAAACAUAUGGAAACUGUUGUCAUUUUAUAUUAUUCCUCUUGAGAGUGUAAUUUUCCAGCUUAUAAGGAGAAUUUAUACGAUUCUCUUGUUGAGUGUUUCAGGAGCAUGUGGGUAGACAAUAGGCCUCCAUCAGGAGUUGACAAUGGUACUGGUGGUGGAUUGGCGAUUUGUAUUAGUGCUUGCAAUGAUGACAAAAUGGCUUCUGAGACCUCGGCUUUCGGUGCUGGAACAAAGACGCUGAAUGGCGCGAUGACGUUCAUUCUUUGUCGAGCAUUGAAGCAAAAGCCAGACAUAACGUAUGGGGCUCUGCUUAACACGAUCCAACAAGUCAAUGAAGAUAGGUGCCUCCAAUCGGGCAUCUGUAGAAAAAUAUUUCGUCACAAAGUUAGACAGGAACCUAUGCUAUCGUCCUCUGAAAAGUUUGAUGUAAACACAAAGAAAUUUAUUCUGUGAUGCUCAGCGUUAAUCAAGCUGUUCAGACAAGAACAUGGAACAAGGAUAUAGCUGUUCUCUCUCGAAGAACAUGGACCUUCACUCUCUUUGUUUCUAUUUUUUAUUCUUAAUUACUUUUAAUUUUGCAAUGUAUGUAGAUGUGUUUAUGUGAUAAAAUGUCAAUUUACGGUCAGCUACCUACAAAUUAGUUUUCUUGAUUUGCAGAGUUUUUGGAGUGAAGCGGGAAAAAAGGAAAAUAAAGCUGAAAUUGAAAUAAUAUCUAUAGAAAUUUUAUGGA